AUGCACGUCCGAAGCCAAUUUCCAGCUUUCCUUAAUAUUGUCAUUUCCAUUCUCUUCUUGUUCCUUUUCACUGCCACCGCGUGUGAAAGCGAAGAGAAAAAAGAGUGUAUCGUGCAACCGGGUGAAUACGGCUCCGAUGAUGCUGUUGCAAUCAAGAGCGCAUUUGAUGAAUGCGGCCAUGGAGGAAAAGUGGUCUUUCUAAACGAGACCUACAACAUCAACUCUGUGAUGAACACAACUGGUCUUGAAGACUGUGAGAUAGAACUACGUGGGACUCUUCUGUGGUCGACUGAUAUCUCCUACUGGCUCAACAAUUCGAUAUCUAUCGGCUACCAAAACCAGACCACCGCUUGGGUCUUUGGCGGGCGCAAAAUCCAUUGGCAGGGUUUCGGUUAUGGAACAUUUGACGGCAACGGUCAGGUGUGGUAUGACUUUGUCAACGGCACAUCCAACUAUCCCCGGCGACCACAACAACUUCUAAUCUGGGAGACGUACGAUUCUGUUUUUGAGGGCAUCAGGUUUGUCCAAAGCCAAAUGUGGACAAUGACCAUCACAAAGUCGAACAGCGUCUUACUGCAAGAUAUAUAUGUCAACAGCACGAGCAACAACUCCGCUCCCACCCAAAACACGGAUGGAGUUGACACAAUUUAUGCCUCAAACAUCACAUUUAACCGCUGGCAUGUAAUCAACGGUGAUGAUGCGAUCUCAUCCAAGGCAAAUUCCUCAGACAUCUUCGUCAAUGAUUGCAUUUUUGAAGAUGGGCAAGGUAUAGCCAUAGGAAGCAUCGGGCAGUACAAUGGCGUCUACGAAUUCAUCGAGAAUUUCCAUGUGAGGAACAUAACCCUCAAAAACACAAGUUACGUCAAAACCUGGACGGGAGUUCAAAAAGGCUAUCCGCCGAAUGGCGGCGGCGGAGGUAUUGGUUGCAUGUAUGAUGUGCAGCAUAUAUCCACGCGGGGCAACCUGGGAAUCGAUCAGUGCACUUCCUACAACGGACAGGAAGGCGACUGUGACACUUCAGAAUUCCAAAUAUCUGACUUGUAUUGGGGAAACAUCUCUGGUACUACAAAGUCGGAGUACGCGGCAGAAUUGCAAUGCAGUGCCGAGGCGCCAUGCCCUGGGGUAGAAAUCACCAACGUCACGCUCACAGAAGUUGAGACAGGCACUUCUGUGGAUAGCUAUCAGUGUAGUAACGUUGAGGAUCCUGUCGGGUUUGUCUGCGACGAUUGA